GUAAAAUUAUAUAAAUCUCACAUUUCAAAAGGAUUUCAGCAUGAUAUAUAUUGCUAACUAUUAACUGUUCAAAAAUUCUAAAGAAAAAAUAUUAAAAUUCUCUUUGAUGAAGUGUAACGUCCAACAUGAUGCUACCACCACCAUGCUUCAGGGUUGGUGUUCUCAGGGUGAUGAGCAGUGGUGAGUUACUGCCAAAUGUAGGCCAAUAAGUUCAGUUUUGGUCCAUCAGACCUAAUAAACUUUUCAAUGUAUUUGCUGGACCUUGAAAUCUGUUUUCUGGUUGAUAGUUGAUGGAAACAUAAGAAAUCAUUACAGUGUAAUUAUAAAGAGAAAAGACAAACAGUGCUACAUACAGAAUGUUCACUGUGUACAUUCGGUGCACAGGACAGUCUUUAUUAUUACAGGAGCAGUUAUUAGGAGGUGCAAAGCUACAGUUUUGCAGCGAUGUAUUGAAGCAGGAUGAUCAGUAUUAGGAAUAUUUUUUUUUUGGAAAGUGCAAGUCUUUAGGCUAUCCACAUGAUAUUUUCCACAGCUACAGAACGCCAGUCACAAAAGCAGAAGCUCCAGGUGAAGAAGCAUUUGGAACAGAGCAGGAGUAGAGCAUCAGGAUCAAUCAAAGAGAUCUGCUUCCUGUUAUACAUUUCAUUAUUUUAGGUACUAAUAAAGAACCUGCACUUUUUUUUUAUAAAGCAGACAUGGUGGCUGCUCCUAACUGGCCAAAAGUUUGCUAAGGUUCUGUGGGGCAGGACCAUGUGUAAUGAACGUGAAAUUUUACUGGGCCAUUGUAGUAUGGAUAAAAGAGGGGUGAUCUAAUCAAAAUUUCUGGUUCUAGUAAGUACUGCAUUCUGGACUAACUGGAGCUUGUUUAUGCACUUACUGAAACAUGCAAACUGCAAGGUGUUCAACCCAAAAAAAGCAUGAACUAGUUUUUAUGCCUCAUGUAGUGCCAUUACAUUUCUUAUUUUAGCAGUAAUUAAGAGAUAACACGAACUUCAAUUUAGAGACUGGAGAUAUAAGAUGCAACUCUGAGGCUAUUGAGAGUUCCUACAUAAUCAAGAAGCUUAUUUCUAGCUGCCUGUGGCCCUAAUAGAUGUACUUCUGGGUUGACAGAAUUAGGUAGGCAGAAGUUACUCAACAUCCAGUGUCUAAUGUCCUUUACACAGUCCUCAACUAUAUUAAGCUGGUGUUUGCCAUCUUGUAUUGCUCUGUCUAGAAGAUUGUGAUUUAUGGUACUAUAAGUUGCACUUAAAUCAAGCAGCACAUUCAAAAAGACUGAACUUAGAUCAGAGACCAAUAGUCUGUAAUUUGCUACUUUAAUCAAUGCUUUUUCAGUACAGAUGAGGCCUAAACCUUGACUAAAAUAUUUAAUGUGUUCUUUUACCGUACCAUGGUAGUAAAUUAAAUUGAGUAAUGUGGACUGUAUUAAGUAUGUUUGAAGUUAAUGUAAAGCUGUGUAAUCCUUUAUGCUUGUAAAAUGUAACCCCAAACAUCAGUAAAAUAUGACUGUAUUCUGUCAUUUGUCAUAGACCAAUCUACACUGAGGAAUAUGUGUUUAGUCAUAUCAUCACUGGUUAAUUAAACUAUGUCUCCAAUGUUUCUUUAAAAUAUGCUUGAGUAUUCAUAUUGGUCAAUUAAGAAACCAGUAUAAUAAGUGACUAAUCAUUUAUAAAACAUAGCCAAAAUGGCACAUGGAAAAUAUAACUCCAUAGUUUAUCCACAUGCUAUCUGGUUUAGUCAUCACUGUCAUUAUCCUCAUUAUUGACAGUUUUGCCUUUGUUUACAUGCAAUUAUUAUACAACUGGUUUGCUUUGGGCUGUGCCUUGUUUUCCUACAUUGCCAGCCAAAAAUUCUGAACUUGAGUUUAAUCACUAUUAAUGCCACACAACAAACUGCUGAUGAGAGUCUAAGCAUAAUUAUCCUGCUUUAUGUGUGGGAAGGAUGGCAUUUAGACCAGUUCCUUUACGUUCUCCACCCAUGUAGAGCUCCACCCAUGCCCUAUGUCACACCACAACACACAAAAAGAACUUAUUUCAGAGCUAACUUUGAGUGAAUCUCUCACAGCGUGCAGGAAAAUGGCAGAGGCCAGUAUUUCAGUAGCUCAGGAUCAGUUCAGCUGUCCAAUCUGUCUGGAUCUACUGAAGGAACCACUGACUACACCCUGUGGUCACAGUUUCUGUAAAGUGUGUAUUAAUGACUGCUGGGAUCAGGAAGAUAAGAGCGGAGUGUAUAGCUCUCCUCAGUGCAGAGACACUUUCACUCCAAGGCCUGUUCUACGCAGAAACAACAUGCUGGCUGAAGUGGUGGACAAACUGAAGAAGACGACUGAAGUCCAAGCUGCUUCUCCUGCUCACUGUUACGCUGGACCUGGAGAUGUGGAGUGUGAUUUCUGCAGCAGGAGAAAACACAAAGCCGUCAAAUCCUGUCUGAUGUGUCUGGCCUCCUUUUGUGAAACUCAUCUGAAACCACACUAUGAAAUUCCUGCUUUCAUAAAGCAUGAGUUAGUUGAAACCUCUGGAAAUCUACAAGAGAAGAUCUGCUCUGAGCAUGAUAAAGUGCUGGAGAUUUACUGUCAUACUGACCAAAGAUGCAUCUGCGUUUUGUGCACAAUGCACAAACACAAAGACCACAAUACAGUUUCGACUGCAACGGAAAGAAACCAGAAACAGGUCAGGACUGUAAAAUGAGUUUUGUUAUUUUAAAAUGAAUAAACAAUGAAAAGAGUUGUGGGUUUGUUAGUCACAAACAAAUAAAGUCUUUCAUUGCUCAUAGUAAAGUAGUCAGACCGGUCAGUGAACAUUUGAUCAGCUAACACCCAUCUUACAGCAAUAUGGCUUUAUAGUAUCACAUGACUGUCGAUGAUCUGUAGAAUAAAGGUAUAAAAUCUGUAGAAUAAAGGUAGAAUAAAGAAUAAAG